AAGAUUAAGAAGAAGGAGAAGAAGACCUUACGCAAACGGCGUAUGAGUAAAUUGUCCCUCGUCGCUACCCGUCGUUGUUUGUGAAAGCAUACGUGCGGGUUGACAGGUAACUAGUUGAAAGGUGAAGGGGGCGAGCCACGAUGUCCAGCAGUGUGCUGUGUGGCCGAAGCAGGUUCGUCCUGUCUCAUGCUGCUGGCUGCCAAGUGUUGACUUCCCUCAGGGUUGGAAGAACCCGGACCUUCUCUGCUGCAAGCUCCGAUGAGCCUUACAUAGCUACUUCACACACAGACUCAGGCCCCAGAACCGUGUGGCCUGACGAGAACAUGGGACCAUUCGGCCCUCAAGACCAGCGCUUCCAGCUGCCGGGAAACGUCGGCUUUGACUGCCACUUGGAAGGCACAGAGGACCAAAAGAAGACGCCGGUCCACAAGACGGUGCCCGAUGUGCUCACGGCUCCGAGCAGCACGGAGAGACACCACUUCGUACUUGCCCAGUUUGUAAAUGAGUUCCAGGGGAAACUGGGCCCUGUGUCCAUGAGAGUCCACAAAGCAGAGCAGUAUUUUCAUCAAACAGACACAGACUGCUCCGUAAAUUCCUGUCCUGAGCUGUUAAAAAAAGAUCUGGAGGUGUUGUUCCCCGCGGCCCCCGCCUCCUCCAUCACAGUCGUGACGGUCACACAGAAGAACAGUCAGGUGGAGGCAGAGCAGGACAGAGACCAGCUACUACACAAAUUUGUGAACGGUGCGAAGGAGAUGUGUUUCGCUCUGUGGACGGCGGGAUACUGGGCAGACUUCAUCGACCCAUCAACAGGAGCAGCCUUUUUCGCGUCUCCGUCAAGUCAAACGACGCUGCAGGCGGACGAGCAGCUCAGACACUUGGGCUUCCACAUCGAGGCGUCGGGCUCCUGCACGGUGAUCCGCCACGUCCUCAGGGGGACGCCGCUGUUCGUGGGGACCGUUUUCACCAACGCGCCCGCUCACAGCGCCGCCAUCGCCAGACUACAAGGACUCUCAAACGCACUCGACGAGGAGGAAUAGGCUUUUCGACGUCGUGUGGAACCGAAUCCAGACCGAACAGAAGGCCCCUAUUUAUGUUUUGAAGAAGCUUGAAACUUGAUCCGUGCUUAGAGUUGUGUUGUGUUAGAGGGGAGGACGUGUGUGAAGUUUGUGUCACUGUAACGCAAAAUGACUCGACUGGGACUCUAAUCGGACUUCCGCGCCGUCCGAGUGGCACAAGAUCCCAUCCUACACUUUAGCAAAGGAACUAAACACGGUGUGAUGAAAUAAAGAAUAUUUUAAUAGAGUUGAUGUGUGUAUUUAUCUAAAAACCUUCCCCGUGACCUCCACUGGCAGCUGGUGCUAGCUCGCAUCGUGUCACACGUUACGACCAGGUUCAAAACUUUUCACACAGACUUACACAGUAUUGUUUUAUUUUUUGUCUAAUCUGCUACACAGAAGGUGAGAAAUGAUGAAUACUGUUUCUGUUGAAACACUACAGAGCAAAUAAAGAGACUUCUUACCAGCCGGAA